AUGUUGGAACGGCUGAAGGACUAUAGAGCCCCAAAGUCAGUUAAAGAACUGGGACCUAUUGUGUUUCCAGAGAUUACAGUGAAGAGUUUUAUGCUUAGACCUUCAUUUGUCUCAAAGGUUCAAGAAAAUCAGUUUGGGGGAUCAGAAUCAGAGAAUCCUUAUCUGCAUCUCCUGGAUUUCCACAGCUAUUGCAACACGCUGAGAGUUGAAGGAGUCAUGGCUGAGUCGAUACAGCUUAUAGCUUUCCCAUUUAGUCUCAGGAACAAUGCAAAGAACAAGAACCUUCUAGAUGCUGUAGCUGGAGGAUCACUCAUGGAGAAGAGUUUGGAUGAGGCACGAGAAAUAAUCCAUACGGUGGUAUCAAAUCUCAGCGAGUGGUCAGGACAAGAUGUGCUGAAAUUAUCUUUACACCCGAUCGAACCCAAGGAAAAAAGGGAGCACUGA